AUGGGGCUUUUACAAGGCCUCAUUGGCUUCCUUGCAAUUGCUUCUUUGCUUGCUUCUUCUUCGGUUUCCGGUUUAAAUGAUGAAGAAAGCCGUAUAAGUAAAUCAGAUUUCCCAAUCGAUUUCACAUUUGGGGUUUCUACUUCUGCUCUGCAGAUCGAAGGCUCAACAACAGAGGGAGGAAGAGGACCAUCCAUUUGGGAUGCAUUCGUAAAAAUUCCAGGAAAAAUUAUGGAUGGAAGUAGCUUGGAAACCGCGAUUGAUUCUUAUAAUCGAUACAAGGAAGAUGUGUUGUUGUUAAAGCUCCUCGGAGUGAAUUCUUACAGAUUUUCCAUUUCCUGGACCAGAAUUCUACCCGAUGGGACCUUGAGUGGUGGAGUAAACCAGGAAGGGAUCGAUCAUUACAACGGGCUUAUUGAUGAAUUAAUCAAAUACAAUAUCACACCAUAUGCGACCAUAUUUCACUUCGACUUUCCACAAGCCCUGUAUGAGAAUUCCGGUGGCUUGCUGAAUAGCUCAUUGGUGCAACAUUUCAAAGACUAUUGUGAAAUAUGUUUCAAUUCAUUUGGAGAUAGGGUUAAGAACUGGAUUACAAUAAACGAGCCAUUAAUUCUAGCUCAAUUCGGGCACGAUCUAGGGUUUGCACCUCCGGGGAGGUGUUCAGAUCGAUCGAAAUGUCCAGAGGGUGAUUCAUCAACUGAGCCUUAUAUUGUGGGACAUAACCUUCUACUUGCUCAUGCACAUGCUGCUAAGCUGUACAAGGACAACUUCCAGAAGAACCAAGGGGGACAAAUUGGAAUAAGCCUUGUUGGGCAAUACUAUGAGCCUUACUCGGAUUCACCAGAAGAUAAAGCUGCACAAAAGAGAGCCUUGGACUUCAGUUUGGGAUGGUAUGUGGAACCACUGGUUUUUGGUGAUUACCCAAUCAUAAUGAAAGAAUUAGUGAAGGACAGACUGCCAGUUUUCACUGAAGAAGAAAAAAUGUUGUUGAAGGGAUCUUGUGAUUUUAUUGGGAUCAAUUAUUACACAACAAGAUAUGCUAAAAGCAUUCCUAUAGAUCCACUGGCUCCUGCACUCAGCUACACUGCAGAUAAAUUUGUGAACGAAACAUUAUAUAACGAGAAUGGAGUAAUUAUUGGUCCAAAGGCUGAACCAAGCCUCUACAUUUACAUAUAUCCUGAAGGACUGCAGAAACUAUUGGAGUUCAUGAAGUAUACAUACCAAGACCCAAAAAUCUACAUUACUGAAAAUGGGGUUACCCAGUGUGGAGACAUUCCACGCCUUCAAGCGAUAAAUGAUGAUGAUCGGAUCAAAUUUAUUCGGCAGCAUUUGUACAGGAUUGCUCAAGCAAUCAAAAAUGGCGUGAACGUGAACGGGUACUUUUACUGGAGUGCAUUUGACGACUUUGAAUGGGUAGAGGGUUACACAGUGAGAUUUGGGCUUUACUAUGUUGAUUACAAAGCUAAUCUAUUACGCAUACCCAAAAGAUCUGCUGCCUGGCUCUAUAAAUUCCUCCGAGGACCUUAA